AUGACAGAUUUCAAUUCCUCUUCAUACGAAUCAUCGGACACGGAACAAAAUAAGACGACCCAGGCAAGGACAAUGGACAUGAGAAGCCGAACUGGCAAAGGCCAGACAACGGCAAGGAGGGAGGGGCUUCGGAGCGCGAAGUCCCUAGUGACUAAGAAGGCGGAGGAGAUCGAGGACAGCGACCGAUCUAGAUCGCCUCUUAAGGUCGAUGAUUCGACGCCGUUCGCCACCUCCAAAGAGGAGGACUCGGACGAUGGCGUGAAGACUGCCCACAAGAAGAAGGAAGGGAGGUGGGAAAUCCCGAGGGACGAGGAGGGAAAUACCGACGAAGAACGCCUCGUGGAGAAGGCCAUCAGAAGCAGGGGCAGGCCGGAGACGACAGGGGGUUACCGGCUCAAAAAAGAAUUCCUGGCCAGGAAACAGGUUAUCCUGGAACAGAGAAGGGAGGAAUUCCUGCUGAAGGGCAUGGAAAACCCAUGUGAAGAGUUCCAGGAUUGUACUUCCAAUAGGAAGUACAAGGCCGAAAUAAAGAGACUCACUGAACAUCUUGAGGAGGCCCCCUUCCGGGACGUCACGGCGACGAUACUUGAAGCGUCGACAAAGGUGCUAGGAUUCUCGCAGAAAUCUAAAAGCUUAAAGGGCACCCAUGUUAAGGUGCUCAGAGACGCCGCAGCUGCCAUAACUGCAGGAGCCAACAUAAUGGCAAUGCAAAUGGCGCAAGAUAGAUGCGGGAGCAACAUGGAUCUCAUAGAGGAACUACGGACGGAGAACGCGAAUCUCAAGACGUCGCUGACAGAGGUGAGGAAGGAGCUGGAGGAGGUCAAACAGAUGCUCCGAGGUAUAAGGGAGGCACCACUGCAUGAAGCAGUGGUAUCCUCCCCGCCCUCGAAACAACCGGGAAGUGCGGGUCGGGGUAUAAAGGAGGCACCGCAACAAAUGGCGGGUGCUUCCUCGCCCCUGAUCCGCACAGAAGGGAUAGGAAGGGCGAUCACGCCACCUAUGGUCGAUAUGGAGGAGGAGGAGGAAGUCUUGACUGGAGUCAUUGAGAUUCAAAAGGGACUGAUUCCAACGGUGAAGAGAAACCCGGUGAGGGAAGCCAGGGUCGCGAAUAGACUAGCAGGUCCCAAGAUCAGGGAAAUUGUCCCCCUGAAAACCAAAGUUAGGGUGGAAAAGAGGGUAGAAGUAGUAAAAGGAGAAGAGAAGGGACUGGGAGAGGAGGUGUCGAGAAUAGUGUUCCAGGCCCUGAACGAGUGGAAGGCACAGGAGGCUCCCAAACAGGGGGCCUGGAAAAACAAAGGAAAAGGAGAGGUGAAAGAAACUAGGGAUCAAGGAAGGGCACAAAACAAGGAAAACUAUAAUAAAGAGUACCCUCAGCUUCCACCUACGAGAAAGGGACUACAAACACAAUAUAGCAGGGAGGAGGCACCUAAACCACAGGAAAUGUGGACGAAAGUGGUGGGCAGGAGAGAAAAGAAGAGGGAGAAAGAAGAGCAGAGGAGGAAAGAAAUCGUAAAAAAGGUGGUAAUUCCCGAAAAGAAAGAGGGGAAGAAGAACAAGAGGAGAGUCCCCAACACGGCGGCGGUGACAAUAACAGCAGAAAAGGGACAAUAUAAGGACCUGUUGGCAGAAGCGAAAAGGAAGAUAGAUUUAGAUGGGAUUGGUAUCAAUAAGAUAAAGACUAGAGUGGGGGCCACCGGAGCACUCGUGAUCGAGAUACCAGGCGAAGAAAGAAGCAAGCAGGCGGAUAUACUGGCGGACAGACUUAAGGAGGUCUUGACCGAUAGGGCGAGAAUAAGUAGGCCGCAGAAAAUGGGAGAGCUUAGACUGAAAGGGUUGGAGAUAUCCACUACGGGGAGCGAGGCGGCGGAGGCAGUGGCUAAGGCAGGGGGAUGUGAAGUAGGAGAGGUGAAGACCGGGAGUAUGAAAAUAGCCUGGAAUAAUUACCGGACACUGUGGAUGCAGUGCCCCCUUGCGGCGGCCAAGAGGGUUGCAGAGAUAGGCAGUGUUAGGAUCGGAUGGACGCAGACAAAGGCAGAGCUACUGCAGGCAAGGGCCCUGCAAUGUUACAGGUGCCUAGAAAAAGGGCACGUGCAAACAAACUGCAAAAGCAACAUUGAUAGGCGGGCAAACUGCUAUAGAUGCGGAGAACCCGGUCACUUGGCUCGGGAGUGUAACUCGAGAGCCAGGUGCCAACUUUGCGCAGAGGUCGGCGUUAAGGCAGACCACAGAAUGGGGGGACCAUCUUGCCGUCCCCCCAAGAGGAGGAAGAAUGUCCCUGGGGAUGCAGUGGAAGGGGGCUUGGGCAUAGCGGCAGAGCCCCACCAUGUCCCCAGGAACCGCAGAUGGUUCGGGGACGAGUUGGGCUCUGUCGCUAUUGUGUGGAAGGCGAGCAGUUGCUCACCCCCUGCCGAGUAUUUGGACCGAGGCAGGGGGUUUGUCGUGGCCAGGUGGGGAGCCAUCAUCGUGGUCGGGGUGUACCUCCCCCCAACAAAGAGCCUGGACUUUCCUAGUUUCAAGUCCAGGCUCCGAGAUAUGGGGAGGGCCGUUAGACGGUACCUCCCCGGACCUGUCAUCAUCGCCGGGGACUUCAAUGCGAAGUCGGAAUUGUGGGGAUCCCGGGAUGGUGACAGGAGGGGGGAGGAGGUGGAAGAUUGGGCCGCGGGCCUUGAUCUGCACCCGCUGAACGUGGGACGCGAAUCGACGUUCGUAGGGUCGCGGGGAGAAUCGAUCAUCGAUCUCACGUGGGCUUCCCCCGCGGCCCGGAAGCGGGUGCGGAGUUGGAGGGUGGCGGACGAGCUCGAAGCUCUUUCCGAUCAUCUCUUGAUAGAGAUGGAGCUGUCCGUCACCCCCGAGGGCCUGCGGUCCAAGCAACCCCGAAUGCAACCCCGACCGGGGAGAUGGUCCCUUAACAAACUGGACAGGGAGGCAUUGGACAUCUCCCUAGAGGCUGCCACCUGGCCACGGCAGGAAGAGGGGCGGGACCUCGACUCUGAGGUUAUGGCAAUUAUGGAAGUCAUCGCGCAUGCGUGCGACGAAGCCAUGCCCAGAGUCAGGUCCUGCCCCAAAAGGUCCGCCUGGUGGUGGACCGACGCCAUAGCCGAUCUCCGGCACAAGUCGGUCCACCUCAGGCGGGCCUUUAGGAGGGUCCGUAAUGACCCUCACUCGGACCCCGAGGCUGUUCUGGCUGCCCGGAGGGAGUUUUGCCUAGCGGCAGCAUCCCUCAGAGACGCGAUUGGGGCAGCCAGAGGAAAAGGGUGGGACACCCUCCUCCUCUCGCUGGACGCGGAUCCGUGGGGGCGUCCAUACAAAAUGGUAAUGAACAAGCUGAAACCAUGGACGCCCCCGCUAACGGAGACGCUCGACCCCCGGUUCUUGGAGCGGGUCAUGGGGACCCUCUUCCCGGUCAGGGAAGGGGACCCCAUGGGCCCGUACGUUGCACCCACCCCUGAACAACAAGGGGUGGUACCGGGGGUCACCGAGGAGGAGAUGGCCGGGGCCAUCAAAAGGGUCAAAAGCCGGAAGGCGCCAGGACCCGAUGGAAUCCCCGGCCGCGUCCUUACCCUGGCCUCGGGGUACCUAGGCGGAAGGCUCGCGAGGAUAUUCUCGCCAGCCCUGAGGGAACGGAGGGUCCCCCCAGUCUGGGGGAGGGCCAAUGUGGUCCUCCUCCGUAAAGAGGGCAAACCGGAGGACACCCCCUCCGCAUACCGGCCCAUAUGUCUCCUGGACGAGGCGGGCAAGCUCUUCGAGCGUGUCAUAGCUGCCCGUCUCGUGGAGCAUAUGUCCCGGGAAGGUCCGAACCUUGACGACGGCCAAUAUGGCUUCCGGGAGGGACGUUCAACCGUAGACGCGAUUCGGCGUCUGCGGUCCCUCUCGGAGGCCAUCGUGCAGGAGGGCGGGGUGGCGGUGGCGGUGUCAUUAGACAUCGCCAACGCAUUCAACACCCUGCCCUGGGCCGGGGGGAGAGACUGGGGGGAGGCCGUGAGAACGGCCAACCUCGCGGUGGCAUGCGUCGUGCGCUCCAUUCGCGGACUGGGUCUGGUGGUGGCGGAGAGAAAAACGGAGGCAAUAUUCCUCCAUGGUAGGAGGAUGAAGCCACCCCAGGCCCAGAUCAGAGUGGGAAGGGUCAGGGUCCCAAUAGAGGCCCAGAUGAGAUAUCUGGGCCUCACCCUGGACGGCACCUGGUGCUUCAAGGAACACUUCAAUCGCCUGGUCCCCCGGUUGAGGGCUGUCUCCAACGGAGUCAGCAGGCUCAUGCCGAGAACCGGGGGACCCGAUGGGAAGGCGCGUCGCCUCCACGCUGGGGUACUCAACUCGGUGGCCCUUUACGGGGCACCGAUAUGGGCGGAAGCCCUGGCCGUCAGUCGCCCGAUACAGGCAACCCUGCGCAGGGUGCAAAGGGCGCUGGCGGUCAGGGUGGCCCGAUGCUACCGAACAGUAUCCCACGUGGCGGCGACGGUCCUGGCGAGCAUGCCCCCCUUGGAGCUCAUGGCCCUAUCGUACAAUCGAAUGUACGAUAGGAAGCGUGAGCUCCUACGUAUGGGGGGGGCGGAAGAACCGCUCGCCAGGACAAUCAGAAGGAUGAAGCACCAGACUCGACAGGUCCUCCUUCAGAGAUGGCAGCGACUCCUGGCUAAUGCCAGGUGUUUUUGGAGGUUAAGGUUGAACCAAGACCCGUUGGGCCAAUUUUGA